GGGGGUGGGGGCGAUGUUGAGCGGUUUUUGCGCUAGAGCCGGUUUAAACGGGAAGCCAGUUCCUAUAACGUAGGCCGGAACUAAAUACUCCUGUGUCGGAGAGCGAGCUGCAAGCUGCCGGUUGUUAAGUGCCACUUCCCUGCGGCCCAUGGCCGAAGAGGAAGCCGCCCCGGUAGCGGGGCCCGCCGCGGCGUCUAGCCAAGGGAACGAGAAAACGGGAGAAACGGGCGAUACCGGCGUUGAUUGGGUAGAAAAGUUGCGCGACGAGUGUGAGCCCGAGCAGCACUGGCAAUACCGGCGGGAGUUCUUGAUUCGCAAUGCGGAGGGUCUGUCCGUAAGCGGAAAGGACGACGCCGACCACGCGGAGCUCCGUCGCCUGGUCUCUUUCUCCAGGGUGUGGGCCAACCACGUCUUCCUGGGUUGUCGAUAUUCUCCGCAAGUGAUGGAAAAGGUGAUGGACAUGGCUGUAGGCAUCACAGUGAUCAAUGCUCCAACCCACACUCUGAGAGAUGAACUGGUUGCCAAGGUGAAACGAGGCAUAUCCAGUAGCAAUGAAGGUCCUUGCAAGAAGCAGGCUGUUGGUGCUGACAAACCAUUUGAAGUUAAUAAUGAAAAGUCUACAAAGGCAGAGUUGAGGGUGGAAACAGAUAAGGAAUCUUUAAAGAAUCUAGAAAAAGAUAUAUCAAAACCCCCAGAGAACUCUCAGUCUUUGCCUACAGCAGCUUCAGCCUUGACCCAAAAGGUAGAGCCUACAACAGCUUCAACCAUAUCUCAGAAGACAAAAUCUGCUUCAGCUUCAAAAUUGACUCCCAAUGUUGUGCCUGCAGCAGCUUCAGCUGUGACCCAGAAGAUAGCUCCUGCAGUAUCUUUAACUGGAGGAAGAAUAGAAAGCAAAGCUGCUAAUUAUGAAUCUACACCAGCUAUUAAGCACAAAUCUGAAAAUGUCUUACCAGCUGAAAAGAAAGUUGGCUUGGAAAGUACUACAGUAUUAGCUUCAAAAAGUAGUUCACAGACAAGCGUAGCCCCUAUUAAAGUGCCCUGCAAAUUGUUGACAAAUGAAGAUGCAAAAGAAAGGCAACCAUUUUUCAAUAGACUCUACAAAGCUGUUGCUUGGAAAUUAGUUGCUGUUGGAGGAUUUAGUCCAAGUGUCAACCACGUAGAACUCUUAAACUCAUCCAUUCAGUCUGUAAAGGCAACAUUAGAUGUCGAAUUUAUUCCACUGAAAGAGCUCGCAGAUUUACCUCAAAAUAAAAGCUCUCAGGAAAAUAUAGUUUGUGAACUGAGAUGCAAAUCUGUAUAUUUGGGCACUGGCUGUGGGAAAAGUAAGGAAAAUGCCAAAGCAGUUGCUUCAAGGGAAGCACUGAAACUAUUUCUCAAGAAGAAAGUUAUUGUGAAAUUAUGUAAAAGGAAAUACAAAGGAAGAGAAAUUGAAGAUUUGGUGCUUCUUGAUGAAGAAUCGAAACCAUUAAAUUUACCUCCUGCUCUACGAAAUCCUCAAGAAAUACUGCAUAACAGUGAACCUGUUACAGCCUAUACUAGCAAAUGAUGUUUUAUCACAAUUAACUGAGUUAUCUUUGUACAGUAAAGGAGAGUCCCAGAUAUUUUUUAUUUCUUGGUUCUGUUUUGCAGAAUAAAUACCAUUAUUGUUGUUUUCAAUUAGUAGUAAAUGUAAAUAAUUCUUUAAAGAUGUAAAGUGUGCAGAGAUAUGCCUUAAAAUUUAGCACACUAGUGUGCUCUUUUAUUUGCUAAAUAGACUACUGAACUCUUAUAUUUUUUAAUCAAGGUACAGUUUGCUGGUCAAUGCAGUCUCAUUUUGUAACUCCUACAAUUUGGUAACAGUAAUCCUCAUUUUUGAACCCUGAUUCUUUAUAAACCAUUAAUAAAACACAAACAACAACCAUUGUACCUAGAUGGUAAAAUGUUAUUUAAAAAUGGAAAUAUUUAAUCACCUGCUUCAUGUGUUGGUCAUACUGUUCACAUGCCUGUUUAAAAAGCAAAGUAUUGAUUUGGAUUGUUUUAAUUAAGUAGUGGUAUUUAAAUUUUAAUUCAAAGAAGUAUAUGCUGGUCCUUUUUUAAUAUCAAACUUACAAAUUGUCAUUAAAUCUUCAAUUUUCUUACUUUACUAAAGUUUCUCAAAGCAGAUUUAAUAUCCAAAUUUGUGAAAAAUCUCACAUUCACUUUUUCAAAUAAAUAUAGCUUUCUAUACUAAGCAUAUUUUUAUGUCUAAUAAUUUUGGGGAAAACUCUUGUGUUUUAUGUAAUGUACUGUUUUGAGCACUUUUAAUGAUCACAAUGCUUUUUUAUAACUGAUAUUUGCUUUUAAAAACUUAAAUCUUGUGCUGUAAAUUAACAAGUUCUGCAACAAAUAGGUGCUAGUUUUAUUAAAACAUCUGCAUUGCAUUCUAAUGUUAUGUCUGUAUUUUCAAAUAUGUUUUCUAGGUUUUAACAGAUAAAACUUGUUGCACUAAUUUACUGUGUAAGAGUGAAAACUGCAGUCUGGCAUUAGUGCUUUUUUUUAAAGCAGAGCUCUAUAGUGUGUUCUCUCUGUAAUGUUGACUUAUACCAGAGUCAUUAUAUUUCAGGCAUAUCUCCAUAAAUUAAAAUCAAAUACCACUUUCAUUGUGUAACAGCUACUGAGAAAUAAAGCAAUCUUACCAGGC